GUCUUCUCGUCCGCAGCUGAAGGCGAGCAGCGACCAAUCACCAUGUGACUGCAGCCUUCAGAGGGAGCUGUUUGUGGGGCUGCGGCGCUAAUUAGGCUCAUGAACUAACAAAUCGAAGCCGGCGAGGAGAAGCGGCACAUCCAUGGAUUAGUCUGGGAGCACUUUCCCCCCCCCCCUAUUCGGGCUCUUCUCGACGCCGCCGCCUUUUUUUUCUUCCAACUUAUUUACUGCGCAGAAACUUUUCCCCGUUUCUUGGGUGUGGAGUAUUUUCGAAGCGAGAGCUGCAACUUUAACUUAAACUGGGGAAUCUGGACUAUCAGACCAUGUUUCAACCUACACCCAAGAGGUGUUUUACGAUAGAAUCUUUAGUGGCGAAGGAUAAUCCGCUACCGGCGUCCCGCUCCGAGGAGCCCAUCAGGCCGGCGGCUCUCAGCUAUGCAAACUCUGGUCAGAUGAACCCUUUUCUGAACGGCUUCCACUCCGGCGGCAGGGGCGUCUAUUCGAACCCGGACUUGGUGUUCGCCGAGGCCGUGUCUCAUCCGCCCAACUCCGCCGUCCCGGUUCAUCCCGUGGCCCCGCCGCACGCGCUGGCCGCUCACCCACUUUCAUCCUCCCACAGUCCGCACCCUCUGUUCGCCAGCCAGCAAAGGGACCCGUCAACCUUCUAUCCCUGGUUAUUACACAGAUAUAGGUACUUGGGCCACAGAUUUCAAGGUAACGAAACGAGUCCAGAGAGCUUCCUUUUGCACAAUGCGCUGGCCAGAAAACCCAAAAGAAUUCGGACAGCUUUUUCACCUUCACAACUCCUGCGGCUCGAACACGCGUUCGAGAAAAACCAUUACGUGGUGGGAGCAGAAAGAAAGCAGCUCGCGCACAGCCUUAGCCUCACAGAAACUCAGGUAAAAGUCUGGUUUCAGAACCGGAGGACGAAGUUCAAACGACAGAAGCUGGAGGAGGAGGGUUCGGAGUCUCAACAGAAGAAGAAAGGUUCACAUCACAUAAACCGGUGGAGACUGGCGACGAAACAGGCGAGUCCGGAGGAAAUCGAUGUCACUUCGGACGAUUGAAAGACUAAAAAAAAGAAAAAAAAAAAGGAGAAAAGAAAGUGACAGUGAGAUGGUUAAAAACAGUCAAUGCCACAUUUCAGAUCUGGGGAGAUCGGCAGCUGAUGUGAGAGACACCUGAGUGGUGGCCCUGCUGUCACCGCAUGGGCCCGUCGCUCCGCGGGACCCCGGAAAUCCUACCUGACCCCUUUCUAUUCGCCACCACAAACCCACACAAACAUUUUUUUUUUGAUUACUACAAUUCAUAACGGACACUUUGCACUUCAGAUUUUUAUUUUUAAUUUUUCAAGAAACGUCUCCAGUGAAGAUACCAAAACUCAAAGAACUGCUUUUGUAAAACUUGAACCUGCAUGGUAGACUUAUUUUAGUUGUUUUAACUUUUUCCCCCUCAAACAAAGCAACAAAAACAAUUAAAAAAAACAAACAAAUUAAUUUGAAAUUUUAUUUUCAAUAUGUCGUGCUUCUUUUUACAGUGUGCAGUCUUUAAUUCUCGUGUAAAAGUGAUUGUAAAAAAAGAAACAGCAAAAAACAAAUGAAGUAGCGCUGCUGCGUUCUAGUGUUUUUAAAGAAAAGAGAACAAUUUGGGAAAAAAAAAAAGAGAGAGAGGGGGGUAUCAGGACAUUCCUUUAAAGCUUUACCAAUGUGUCCCCUCUGUCAGGAUUUAUUGACCCUCCUGUGAAAGUUGCCACGAAGGACAAGAAUCAAGCACGGAGCGGAUUCCAUGUACAGAAAUACUCAGAAUUCAUGUUUCUGUUAAACCCUCUUUUACACCGUGUAAAUACUUUUUGUGUUUGUGUUAAGUUUGCUACAAUUUUAACACAAAGUAUACUUCCAAGAAGUAUGUAAUUGUCAAUAUUUUGUCAAUAAAGUUUUAUCAGUAUG